AUGCUGUUGAAGAAGGCAUUUUUAGUCUCGAAUUUCCUUGUUCACAGGUCAGGCUUUAAAGAGAAACCUGUUCUAUCAUUUAUAAGGUUUCAUAGUUCUUCAUCAAUGGAAGACAAGCUUUUAAAGGAUUAUGAUGAUCAACAAGUCAGAUUGAUGGAAGAGCCAUGUAUUCUUGUAAAUGAAAAGGAUGAGGUUAUUGGAACAGCAUCAAAGAAAUCAUGCCAUCUCCUUGGUAACAUAAACAGUGGUAUGUUACAUAGAGCAUUCAGUGUUUUCCUCUUUAACAGUAAGAAUGAACUUCUGCUUCAACAACGGUCAGACGCAAAGAUCACAUUUCCAGGCUUGUUUACUAACACUUGCUGCAGUCAUCCGUUAAACUUUGAUUUGGAGAGAGACGAGAAAGAUGCAAUGGGGGUGAAACGUGCAGCACAGCGUAAACUUUUCCAUGAGCUGGGUAUCACACCAGAUCAAAUUCCACUAAACAUAUUUCAGUACUUGACUCGAAUCCAGUAUAAAGCAGAAAAUAUUCCAGAAGACGGGAAGUUUGGGGAGAAUGAAAUUGACUAUGUGCUCAUUGUUCGUAAAGAUGUUGACUUAAGUAUAAAUCCGAAUGAAGUGAAGUGUGUGAGAUAUGUUAAUAAGGACCAACUUCAAGAACUACUGACAUCUUCGGAAUCGGGAAAGGUCAUAUUAACACCAUGGUUCCACUUGAUAUGUAAACAUUUCUUGUUCAAAUGGUGGGAUGGACUCGAGAACCUGAAGAAAAUGCAAGAUCAUCAGAAUAUACACAACUUUACGAAUUAGAUCGAUAUAUAUGGUACACAUAGGUACUAAUGGCAUUUUUACAAGAUGCCCCAUUUCAAACUGCUACAUUAGAGUAGUGAUAAUUUUCCUUCUUCUAAGGACAAUAAAAUAACAAGAAAUUUGAGUUCUAGAAAAAGAUUUCCUCCUAUCUGAAUUUGAACUCAAAUGUCCUCCAUUUAUGUCUUUUUUUAUGCCCCCGCCAUAAAAUGGAAGGGGGUGCAUAAAGUGCUACCCAUGUCCGUGUGUGUUUGUUUGUGUGUUUGGGAAAGGGUGGUGUUUGUAUUCAGGCCAUAACUUUGACAUGCAUGGUCUGAUUUCAGAAUAAUUUCACGCAAAUGAUAAGCAUGGAUAGACAAUGUGUCAUGCGCAAAAACCAGAUCCCUAGGUCUAAGGUCAAGGUCACAGUCCUUGGUUGAACUUGGCCAAUUUUCACUACAUAUAUACUGAUAAUGUGGUCUUUGUGUCCGGUCCAUAACUUUGACAUGCAUUGUCCGAUUUCAAAAUAAUUUGACACAAAUAAUAAGCAUGGAUAGACAAUGUGUCUUGCGCAAAACUAGGUCCCUAGGUCUAAGGUCAAGGUCACACUUAGAGGCCAAAGAUCACAUACAAGAAUGACUGUCCUGAGCAUUUCUUCUUCAUGCAUGGAGGGAUUUUGAGGUAAGUUGGCUCAAAUGUACACCAUCAUGAGACAGAAUGUCAUGCUUAGGAACCAGGUCCCUAGUUCAGAAGUACUUCCCUUUUUGGUACUAUGAAUAGCUUAUAUUGUAUCUUUUUUAUUACUUGUCGUAGGGAAAAAUAAGACCAUUUUUCUGUAGUACAAGAUGCAUGCUCCAUCCAAUUUUGAGAUGUAUUUUGAUCUGUCUCUUACUGGUAAGGAGUUUUUUUGUGGACUUAGAUUUUUUUUUUUAAGAUCAACUUCCCUUGGCCAAGGGUCCUUCUUUUUAUUAUUUGUGAGCAGUACCAUGCCUGUGACCUUUCUCAUGUUGCGGGGGCAUCCGUGUCUGUGACACGUUCCUAGUUUUGCAUUGUGUUAGAAUUUGCUUAGAAAGAUUGUUCUGGUCAGCAUUGUGUGUGUGCAGUUUAAGAUAAUACCAUAGUUGGAAGUAACGUAUCUAGGAUAUAGUAUGGGUCCAUGAGCCAUGUACGCUUAAAAUUAUUACAGUGAUAAUAUUUUCUGAGAAAAAAAUGCCAAAAAGUCAUUUUGAAAAUUUUUGGCCCCUGUGACAAUGAGCCAUUAGAAGGGUGAUCAGGAGCAUUUUUUCAAAAAAAUAUUUCUGUAUCAGUGAUUGGCCAUCUUUGGGGCAAGUGAAUAAUCUUUAAGAAAAAUCUUACUUAAAGCCCAGUUGCAAACCAUUUAGGCACAACGAGCGAGCAACAUUAGUUUUUUUUUUCUCUACCCGAAUAAAACUCACAUAUUUUUAUCAUCAAACACUUCCCCCUUAAGCACACCUGCAAGCACACCAUGCCAGUUAAAAAUAGUGCAUUUUUAUCUCAGAAAACAUUAUCAUUGUAAUAAAUUUAAGUGUAUAUGGCUCAUGGACCCACACUGUAUCCUAGAUAUGUUACUUCCAUCUGUGGAUUAUACUAGGGAUCAAAUACAGUUGCACCUUAACUAGUUAUUUCUGUGAUGUAAUAUCAGACGUCUGCGCAUAGAUUUAUUCAAGGUACAAUAUUGGUAUCUGCAAUCAUUAAAUACUGAAUGAUACUGCACUGUAUCAUCAGACUAUUUAAUGUUUUAUUGUUGUUUUUUUUUUAUUCUAAAAAUAACCUCACAGAAAUAACUAUAAAAGUGAUGUAAAGAUAAUUUAUUGAGUUUGUCUAAGUUGUAAGACAAUUUUAUAUUACAUGUAAAGCAGUUUCCAAAACAUGGAUAAUAUAUGAUCACAGAUCAUCACCCUUAUCAGUAAACUAUAGACCUUCACUUAGUCUAGGUCAAUAGCUUUCUUAUGAGGGUCAAUAGUCCUUUUUCCUUGGCUGAAUAAUUUCGCUCAUUGACCAAUUUAAAGGUAUAUAGUUGUAAGCUAUUUUCUUAUGCUACAGAAUAUUAGUCUGAGAUUACAAUAAAAUGGGGACCACAAUCGUGUUUAAAAUGGCAUUUUUAUACUGCCUGAGGGUAUUUAUAUGUUAUUACCGUUAGUGUUAUUUCUUAAUAUGUUUGGACUAUUUAAGGAAACAAAUUUAAGUGCAUUUGUAUACUGCCUAGUAGGAAGUUUGGUAUUACAAACGUUCCGAAUGACUUGCCAGUCAGUAAUCUUAACUAUUUGCCUGAGGUAUGACUAUUGACUGGCAAGGCAUUCAGUAAAUGUUUAGUUACAUGGCAUCAUAUACUGGUACAAAUUUUCCUAUUUAGCCCAGCAAAAUUAACUGUUGAACUAUGAACCAGUCAAUAAAACAUAUAUACGCUGGUGAUUUAUAUCAGAAUUGAUUGUGGAAAGAUAUGCAUUUAUUAAAUGACUUCCAGGUCACAAGUUUUGUCUAUUAACCAGUAAACCAUUCAAUGAGUGUUUUAUUACAUGAUAUCAGAAAUAAAUUUUCAUAUCUGUUUUUCUUCCAAAUUUUGACUGUAGCUCAACAAAAUCUACUGCAGAACUAUAGACCUGUUUGUAGCAAACUAUUGACCCACCAUUUAUAUAAGGAGUCAUUUUAUAAUACUUUGACGUAUUUGAUGUCAUUGGAAUGAAAUAAAGCCAUUACAUAAUUUUGGUAAAACACUAGUGUAAUAACACCUCAGUCAAAUGGACUUUGACUGUAAUAGGUAAAGAAAGAAUAAAUUUUUGAUGUCUAACAUUAGAUAAAAAGAAUAUUACAUUUGUGUCUUUCCACCUUGAAUUUAUUAAACUUUAAUAAUGUUGAUGAAAUGCUUUGCAGAGCCACGCAUCUUAUUCAACUUGUUUAAUAAAUUCAGCAUCAAAAAGGCACUUUGUGUAAUGUCCAAAAUUUAUUGAUAUAAUGUUCUUGUAUUUUUAUUAAUUAUUUGAAGAAAUAAUUGUUUGAAAUGCUUAUUUGCAUUUACUCAGACCGUGAAUGAUUACAUAUUUACUACAUGUGUGUACAUUAUUACAAGUAUUGUAUGGUAUUUUCUUGUCAUUUAGAUGUACUUGUAUUUCAAAUAAAGUCAAUAUUAAGACAUA